CCCAGGAAACGCAGAAGGAAAUGCACAAUGUAUUUCUCCGGAAGAGGGGAGAGGGAAAACGCUGAUGCCGCGAAGGCCGCUGCCGCCGCCGCCAAGAAGGCCACCGACACCGAGGCUGCCGGCAGCACCUCCGCCCCGGAGACGGCAAGCACUGGUGAGUGAGGACGUGGAGAUUGAAGUGGCUGACGACAUCCUGCCGCUCCUCCAGCAAUCGGGUUCCUAAUUAGGCUCUCGAGCCGCGAAGCGAAACAGAUGCUCCCCACGAAGCGUCUCGCCGCCGGAAACCACCGGAGAACCGGCGAGCAACCGUCCUCCUCCUCCUGGAUUCUUGUCUGCCAUGGGUGACUACACAAUCCGGAUAAGCACCAGCUUGAUCGAGCAGCUCGCGCGCGAUGACGAGAAGCAGGUGAAAAGGAGGACCAGGAAACCCAGGCCGAAGAAGGUGGUGGAGCAACCAGAGGAGCCUCAGGACAAUGGCAGGGAAGUUCCAACUGAACCCAAGAGCAGCCCUGCUCCUGUUUUGCCUUUUCCGCCACCCAUGUACCUACCAGUGACCCCUGCUCCUCCACCACCGUCUCCUGCAAUCCAGGUGGUGGAAGCCAUACGCGCCGUGGUGGCGGAGAGCGAGAAGGUGCUGGAGAAGCUGCAGAAGAAGGAGGCGGCGAUGCGCGAGGAGCUUACCAAGAGGGCCAAGGAGCUGCAUGACAAGGAGUUCAAGCUGCCCUACCAGAACCCCUCGCCAUGCACCGACGAGAGGGCGGGCUGCGCCGAGUGCUACAGGAGCAACGUGCAGGACCCGCUCAAGUGCGCCGAGGCGGUCAAGAGGUUCGAGGCUUGCGUUCGCAUGGCGAGGCGGGGCGGUGCCACCAUGGGAGCUGCUCAGUAGUAGCUGAGUGAGCGAGGUGUCGUACACACGAUUUUGCUUCUGUCGGGAUUGAUUGAUCGAAUAACCUGAAUGGAUUUUUGGUGAGACCUGAAACACCAUCAGUUGUAGAUUAAUUCUGGUAACGGAUUGCUACUGGUGUUGGCAACAAGAGGCCAUGAGUGUCCUUGAAUUUGGGGCGUGGCUCCAUGCUACUUGCAUACUACAAAAUGAAACAUGAAUUUGCAGGGUUCAAAAUUAA